AUGGUCAUCGGUGGCGUCGCCGCCCAGGCCGGCAUCUUCGAACGCUGCAACAUCGCUCAUGUUGGGGAGGGUCUUUGCAUGGACGCUAGCAGCUGUACCUAUGGAGGAGGAACUGCCUAUGGCCAGGGCUGCAAGAACUCUGAAAACGGUGUUGCCUGCUGCUACAAGCGAUGCCCCAACCCGGUCACUGGCCAGGGCAGGUGUGUCCAUCGAUCCUCGUGCGCGACUGGAAAGGUUUUCAUCGCCGAUUAUUGCCCUGGUCCUUCCAACUUCGGAUGCUGCCUCUCGGAUUAA